GUUUCAUUUUCCUUCACCAAUACUUCAAGGCACAGAGGAGCUGGUAAAGGCAUUGCCAUGAAACCUAACUUGAAGCAAUGGAAACAACUCAUGCUCUUUGGUAUUUUUGCAUGGGGCCUGCUUUUCUUGGUGAUAUUCAUCUAUUUUACAGAUAGCAACACUGCUGAACCAGUUCCAAGUUCCUUUUCUUACAUUGAAACUAAGAGACUUCUGCCCCUUCAGGGCAAGCAGAGAGUCAUCAUGGGAGCCAUUCAUGACCCAUCGUUCUCUGAAACCAUUGAUGGGAACGAGGUACUUCUUAAUGAAGAUCUCCUGGGAACUUUUAAAUCAGGGACCGGAAAUGCUAAGAAAUGGACUGUAUUGGAAGAUGCCUUUAGAAAUGAAGAUGAGUUUUUUCCAUCCCAGUUAGGAAGAAAAUCAAAAAGUGCUUUCUACCAAGUGAAUGAUGAUUAUUUAUUUGCUGCUGGUCAGCCUCAGUCACACAAGCACCUUCAAGAGAUAGAAAAAUUCAUUUCGGCUGACAUGAAUAAUCCAAAAGGAAAUAUUUUACAGAACAACUGGAGCCAUCAGAGAAGAAUGAGGAGAAGGAGCACAAAGCAUAGGAGAGGCCAGAUGCUUGAUGAAUCUGAUGACUGGGAUGAGCUGUAUUCCACAAUGUCGAAAUCCUUUCUUUACAAGCUUUGGAAAGGGGAUGUCUCUUCCAAGAUGCUAAACCCUCGACUGCAGAAGGCGAUGAAAGAUUAUUUGAGUACCAAUAAGCAUGGGGUGCGGUUCAAGGGGAAACGAAACUCCAAGUUGACAGGAGACCAGCUAUUCUGUGAGCUAAAAGAAAGAGUGAAUGUGAAAACAAUAGAUGGCAAGGAGGCUCCCUUCUCCACUCUUGGAUGGGAAAAGCACGUUCCCCAGAUUCCACUGGGCAAAUUAUAUACACAUGGCUUUGGGAGCUGUGCAGUAGUUAUGUCUGCUGGUGCAAUACUGAACUCCUCUCUGGGGGAUGAAAUAGAUUCUCAUGAUGCCGUUUUAAGAUUUAAUUCUGCACCAACACGUGGCUAUGAGAAAGAUGUUGGAAAUAAAACAACCAUGCGGAUCAUUAAUUCUCAGAUUCUGACCAAUCCAAACCAUCACUUUGUCGACAGCUCCUUGUAUAAAGAUGUUAUCUUAGUAGCCUGGGAUCCUGCUCCCUACUCUGCAAAUCUGAAUGUGUGGUAUAAGAAGCCAGACUACAAUCUGUUCACUCCCUACAUGCAGCAUCGCAGGAAGAAUCCAACCCAGCCUUUCUACAUCCUUCAUCCAAAGUUUAUAUGGCAGCUCUGGGACAUCAUUCAGGAGAACACUAAAGAGAAGAUACAGCCCAACCCUCCUUCUUCAGGGUUUAUUGGCAUCCUCAUCAUGAUGUCCAUGUGCAACGAAGUGCACGUGUACGAGUACAUCCCUUCAGUGCGACAGACUGACCUGUGUCACUACCACGAACUCUACUACGAUGCAGCCUGCACCUUGGGGGCCUACCAUCCCCUGCUCUACGAGAAGCUCCUGGUGCAGAGGAUGAACAAAGGUUUGCAGGAUGAUCUCUAUCGGAAGGGGAAGGUCAUUUUGCCAGGGUUCAAAGCUGUCAAGUGCCCCAAACGAAAUAAUGUCCCACAGUUGUAG